GAAUUUUAAAAUUUGAUCCCUGUUUAUUGUUGAUUAUUAUUUUCAGGACGACCGGCAUUGCUUGGAAGCUUGGAGAGAGGUGAAGAGGAUGGAGUCAGACAUUGUGGACGUACAUCCAGUGACAUGACCAAAUCACUCUAAGAAGCUGCUGAAGAAGAUGGUGACAGUACGGAGGCUCCUUCAUGUGAAGGGAGAUGUGUUGUGCACCAUGCUGCUGCUUGUGCUGUUCUGUCUGCUGCUCUACACCCGCCAGGUCAUACUCUCCUCUGGGUGGGACAGACCUGAGUGGAAGCUGGAGAUCCAUGGCUCUACCAGCUCAAGCAGGAACCUGCUGGGUGCCAGCGGGGCCAAAAUCAGCCAGGAGUCUCCAGAGCAGUUCCCGUCCAGUCCAUCAGAGCCAGGGCUUCCUGCCUGUAAGCCCCAAUCAAAGUCCAAACCGCCGCAGCCAAAGUCCAAACCUCAGGUCAAAUCCAAGGGGAAAUCCAAGUCUCGACGAAAAAAUGUCGCUCCGACUAAGGCCGCUCGAAAGCCCCUGCCCACACUGCCACCAUUUGACUUUGCGAGCUAUCUGAGAGAAAAGGACAACAGAGACUUCAAUCUGCUCAUCGACCAGCCAGAGAAAUGUGUCAUCAGAGGAGCCGAGCAGGAAGAAGAAGGAGGAGGACAAGGAGCAAGUGAUAAGUCCACUGCUCCCUACAUGCUGAUCGCAGUGAAAUCUGUCGCUGCAGAUUUUGAGAAACGUCAGGUGGUCCGUCGCACCUGGGGUAGAGAGGGACUUUUCCAAAACGGUGUGUCCAUCCGUACUGUUUUCCUGCUGGGGGUUCCCAAGAACCGGACCGCUCUGCCUCUGUGGGACCGGCUCUUGACCUACGAGAGUCAAACCUUCAGGGAUAUCCUGCUGUGGGAUUUUGACGACACCUUCUUUAACCUGACGCUGAAGGAGACACAUUUUCUGAAAUGGAUCAACAGCAGCUGUCCUCAAGUCAAGUUCAUCUUCAAAGGUGAUGCCGACGUGUAUGUUAACAUUGAGAAUAUACUGGAGAUGCUGCAAGGUCAAAAGCCUGAAGAAGAUCUGUUUGUCGGGGAUAUCAUCGUCAAUGCUAAGCCGAUCCGCCGGCGCAGUUCAAAGUACUUUGUACCGGAGUUUGUCUAUGGAGGAGGUUUGUACCCAAGCUACGCUGGAGGAGGAGGGUUUGUCAUGUCAGGACACACAGCUCUAAAACUGAGCUCUUCCUGUCAGAAGGUGGAGCUGUUCCCCAUAGACGAUGUCUUUCUGGGGAUGUGCCUCCAGCUGAUCGGCGUCAUUCCAUCACGCCACCAAGGCUUCAGGACCUUUGGAAUCCCCAGACCAUCUGCGGCGCCCCACCUCCAGACGUUUGACCCCUGUUUUUACAGGGAGCUCAUGGUCGUUCACAGCCUCAGCGUUCCUCAGAUCUGGCUCAUGUGGAACCUCCUGCACGACCCCAACCUGAGCUGCCACAACAGGACCAGCCCGACGUCCUGGCCUUUCAAGUGGAAAGGAAAGGGAGGAGAAGCAGAGGUACAAGAGACGGAUUACGGCGAGAAGCAGGUGUUUGUCACGCAUUAGAGACUCUCUGCAGGGAUCUGCACGAGCUCUAGUGAGUAUAAAACAAUUAUGAAGCAGGAUCCACGGCUUACUUGAAAGGCUUGUGAUGUGUUCAGGCGCACAGACGAGUCACAUGAGACUUUAUCUGAGCGGAUCAUCUUUGAGGAAAUGAAUUGGCAGAGGCCACAUGCGCGCCAGAUUUUCAGGGAGGAAACCUAACGAGAACUUUUCAGAUGGUGUGUGUGUGAACAAGCACACAGCAGGUCUUUGAUUUGCAAAGAUUAUUGUGUGAUGAUUUACCUCUCACUGGGAUCUUGAAUGUGAACCUUCAGAAUGUAUUGUGCUCUAAUUGUUUACACAGAGACUCAGUAAAAAGGGACAUACUGAAAUGUGGUUAACUGGUUUAACUCCAUCCAUGCAUGAAUGUCAUCAUGUGGUUGUAACUCUUUUCAUCCACUAAUUUGUUUUUUCUCACUGUGUUGUUUUUCGUCAUCUAUUUGUGUAUUGAUAAUAUUUUAUUUUCUCUGUUCUUUUCUUUUUUUUCUUAAAUUGUUGUCAGUUGUCAUGUUCUUCAUUUGUUUUCUAUUGGGACCCCCCUUGAAAACCAGAUGGUACAUCUCAAGGGGUUUAUUCAAAUUAAUAAACUCUUCCUCAGAAGGUAUCUGUGUGUGUGUGUGUGUGUGUGUGUGAGACCACGUUGUUCAGUGGACCGUACGGACAGCAACGACCGGUAAAAGCCUUUUUGUACUGAACGAGUGGAAAGACUGCAGGGACAUUCUGUCCUCAUCGUGAAUCACUUGUCCCUCGCCGGAUUAAAGGCACAAAUGGACUGUCGUAUUGUCUGUUCCCUGGAGGAACACUGAAAGAAGUCUAAAUGGAAACCAGCCGCACAGUGGGAACCAGCCGGGACCACAGCGCACGCACGCACGCACGCGCGCGCACGCACACACACACACACACACACACACAACAUCUGCUGGAUGUUUGUGGAAGAGCCUGGUAUACGAGGUGUCAGGCAUGUGUGAUUUCAUGUGAACACUUCAGCUUUCAUUACAUGAUUUGACUUGUUUUGAA